ACGAAACAAGUGCCUGUGGUAGAUUUACUAUUUAGUCUGUAUUUUCACUCACAAAAUUCAUUCUUGUAAAAGACUCAGAAAUAUACAUGUCCAGACGUUAUUAUUCUCGGAGAAACUGUGGCCGAUCACAAUGUAAGUUUUACAAGUUUUCAGUUUAUUGUUUUUAAAGCUGCAACUUUAAGGCUAAUGUAAAGCGACAUUAAAUACCUCUGUAAAAGUUCAUGUGUACUUUUAGCGAGUAAAUCUGUGUAUCUAAUUUGUCAGGAAUGUAACUUGAUCGAGUUCAUUCAAACUUUGUGUCUUUGUAGUGAUUUUGUUUGUAGCUUGUAUUUGUAUAUUUGUAUUUGUUUAUUAUAGCUUUUCACCAUCCACACAUCCACACAGAACUCACACAGCUACUGUAUAUCGUCACCUAUUGUAAACAGUGACACCUGCGCAUAUUAGGAUCCGCGCCCCUAUGUGAACUGUUUGUGACAAUAAAACCUGGUUAACUGACUGUAAACCGUGUUUAUAUGUUUCAAUUAAAAAUGACAUGGAAGGCAGUACACACGGCACAAGGAAUAUGACAAAAAAUCAUUCAAUAUAAUGCUUUUAUUUUGCAUGUUUUGCAGAUUCAAAAUAAACGCAGCUAAGAUGGCUAGUUCCAGUCCUACUUCCUGGGCACAAGAGGUCAUUAUCUGUGACUUUUGUGACAAAGCCGUUCAGCAGUUCUGUAACAACUGCCAAGUCAAUUUAUGUGGAGACUGCAUCAACAGGCAUGUCAACAAACACAAGUCCCUUACACAUGAUAUUGUUCCUUUCAAGAACAGAAAGUUACACCUAGUUUUUCCAGAGUGUGAAUUUCAUCCCAACCAAAGAUGUGAAGUUCAUUGCCAGAAGUGUGAUGUUCCAGUGUGCAUCAAGUGUUUUCUCGGUCAACAUAAGGGUCAUGAUGCUGUCGAGAUAUCAGAUAUUGUUCACAGAAAGAAACAGCAAAUUAAAAGAGAGAUGGAAGAAAUUGAAUCUGUUAUCAUUCCAAAGUUUAAAAACAAUGAUGUUGAAAUUGAGAGAAAAAAUUUAAAAUCAGGUGAGGAUUAUGACCAGUUAGAAAAGGAAACAGAAAAGCUGAGAAAAUGUUGGCAUCAAGAAGUAGACACCAUCUUUAAUAAUCUCAGAACUUUGAUCAAAUCUAUGAGAGACAAUGAUAUGGAAGCAAAGAGAGCUUACAAGACCAAGUGUAAAAACCUGAUUUCAGAAAUGAUCCAAACAGUUAGACAAAACAAAGACAUCCUGAAGACAAACAGAGUGCCUGAUGUCAUAAACUACAAAUCUAAACUGAAGGAAUACAGAGAUAUACCUGAUGAUAUUGAUGUAAAAAUCCCUUCACUAAAUGCAAAAACAGUUCAAGGUGGAGAAUUCUCUGUAGAAUUGGAAGAAUACAGAGCUACAUUAACACAGGAAUCACAAUCUGGCCCGACAAAUGAAACCAUGACAAAGAUGCUAGACAAAGCCAAAGUCAUUGCUACCAUUUCCACUCACGUUAAGCCAACAUACUGUGUGGCCUGUGUCGGUACAGGUGAAGUUUGGGUUAGUGGUGACAACGACAUUAUAAAGCAUUUUGACAUACAUGGAUCUCUACUGGACACUGUCAUCUUCACAGGUGGAGGCUAUCCUAAUGAUAUCUCAGUGACAAGACAGGGAGAACUGAUAUACAGUGACUCACACAGUAAUACAGUGAAGAUAGUCAGAAAUGGGAAGACUGAGACGCUUGUCUCCCUCCCAAAUGGUUGGUGUCCAUGCGGAAUCUGUUGUACUAGAUCAGGGGACAUCUUGGUUACUAUGUCGAAGACCGAUUAUCGCAGAAACAAAAUUGUCCGAUAUCAAGAUCGAGCAGUAAAAUGUGAAAUAAAUGAAGAUGAAGAUGGAACCCCAAUCCUUAGCCCAGGGUCGUACCUUAAUUAUGUCACUGAAAAUGUGAAUGGAGAUAUCUGUGUCUCUGAUAGUAAUGCUGGAAAGGUGGUUGUGGUUGAUAAAACAGGAAAAGUCCGCUUUCGAUAUGACGGUUCACCAGCUAAGAGGAAGGAACCACUUGAUCCUUUACAUAUAGUAACAGAUUCUAAGGGACACAUCAUAGUGGCAGAUGAAAAUAACGAUUGUUUACACAUUUUAGAUCAGAAUGGUCAGUUCCUAAGGUCUGUAGACAACUGUGGAUUAAAUAAGCCUAGUGGAUUGAGUUUAGAUAAAAUGGGACGGUUAUGGGUUGGACUUAAAGGAUCAAAAGACUUGAAAGUUAUUCAAUACAUGAUAUGAGCUGGCAUUGGGUAUAUUUUUCAUUGCCAAAAAUCGUGUUCGGUCAUUCGAUUUGAGAAGAUAUGCACAGGGGAAAAUGUCGGCAUACAUCAUGAAACUGUAGUGGCAUAAAAUGAUCUUAAAAACACAGAUUUAAUGUAACUGCUAAUAAAAAUUACUGAUCAGCAGAGCUUAAGAAAUCAUACUGUAACAUAAUUUUUGUCUAAAGCCUCUAGCUCUUAAAUACAAAAUCAGAAAAUAUAAUUUAUGAAAUUAAAAUGUUCUGAUUAUAA